CCCAUCCGGGAGGGCAGGGUCCGUGGGGCCCUCUUCUUGCCGCCCGGACCGGGACCCUUCCCGGGGGUGAUCGACCUCUUUGGGGGUGCAGGUGGCCUCAUUGAGUUUCGUGCGGGGCUGCUGGCCAGCCGGGGCUUUGCGGUGCUGGCGCUGGCCUUCUUCGCCUACGACGAUUUGCCCCGUACCCUGGUCCAACUCGACCUGGAGUAUUUCGAGGAGGCGGCCAAGCUGCUCCUCCAGCACCCCAAGGUGCGAGGCCCCGGCCUGGGCGUUGUCGGCGUCUCCAAGGGAGCAGAGGUGGCCUUGGCCAUGGCCACCUUCCUCCCACAGGUGGUGGCCACGGUGUGGAUCAACGGCACGGCCUUCCUCCACGGCAACCCGCUGGUCUACAAGGAUCUCCGCAUUCCCCCCAUCCCCUACUACACCGAGCGCGUGAUCUUCACGGAGGUGGGGGCCUUUGACAACUCGGCCAUCUUCGCCGAUCCCCGGGACCCUGCGUACAGCGCCUCGGCCAUCCCGGUCGAGAAGAUCCGGGGGAAGGUCCUCUUCGUGGUGGGGGAGGCCGACCGCAGCUUCAACAGCAAGCUCUUCGCCGAGUUGGCCAUGGCACGGAUGCCACCGGAGAGCUGCCGCCUCCUCUCCUACCCCGGAGCCGGGCACUUGAUCGAGCCCCCCGGCUCGCCCCUCUGCAGCAUCUCCAGCAUUCGGGGCACCCCCCGGCCGGUGGUGUGGGGGGGUGAAGCCCAACCCCACGCCAAGGCCCAGGAGCACUCGUGGCAGGAGAUCGUCCAGUUCUUGGAGCUCCACCUGGGCCUCGCCGCCACCAUGAAGCUGUGA